AUGUCGAACUCACCGGCCAACUCGUCCACCUCAACCCUCACAAACGAAGACGUCGAGAGCCAGAAAAAUGAGCCUUCGAGCAGAAAAGUGCCCCACUGGCGCCUCGUGGCCAGCCAGUCACUCAUCACGGACGAAGUCUUGAACCAUCGAUACAAGGGCUCGGGCACAGAGGAAGACCCCUAUAUCGUCGAAUUCAUCCCCUCCGACCCUCGCAAUCCGAUGGAAUUUCCAGACUGGAAGAAAUGGGCUCUCACCGUGACGGUGGCCCUUGCGACUCUGGCCGUUGCGUUCGUCUCCACGGCCUACACUGCCAGCACAGAACAGAUCAUCGAAGCCUUUGGCUGCAGUCUGGAGGUCGCCACGCUCGGUGUGUCUCUUUUCGUCCUGGGAUUCGCUAUCGGGCCACUUCUGUGGGCACCGUUGUCGGAGCUGUAUGGCCGUCAAGUCCUCUUCUUCGGCACAUAUGCCGUUCUUACCGCAUUCAAUGCUGGCGCAGCUGGUGCGAAUUCGAUCGCCGGUCUGAUCGUGAUGCGAUUCCUCGCUGGCACCUUUGGCGCAUCGCCGCUCACCAACGCCGGUGGCGUCAUUGCGGACAUGUUUCCCGCCAAUCAACGAGGCCUCGGCAUGAGUAUCUUCGCCGCUGCCCCCUUCCUAGGUCCUACCAUCGGGCCAGUUGUUGGAGGCUUUAUCGCUGAGACCGUGGGAUGGCGUUGGGUCGAGGGUGUGAUGGCCAUCUUCACAGGCUUGCUGUGGAUCUUCGGCGCCUUGGUCAUCCCGGAAACCUAUGCCCCUGUCAUCCUUUCUCGCAGGGCCAAGGCACUGACCAAGAGAACGGGAAAGCUCUACAUCUCUGCCAUCGAGAGACGGCAAGGCAAAGUCACGCCCCAGGCUGCCUUCUCCAAGGCCCUCUCCAGACCUUGGGUGCUGCUGUUCCUCGAGCCGAUCGUCCUCCUCAUCUCCAUAUACAUGGCCAUUCUGUACGGCACGCUGUACAUGCUCUUUGGUGCCUUCCCGAUCGUCUUCGAAGAAGAGCGAGGUUGGUCUCAGGGCAUCGGCGGGCUCGCUUUCUCCGGCGUCGCGGUGGGCAUGAUCUCGGGCGUCCUCUACGCCAUCUAUGACAACAAGCGAUACGCGCGCGUCGAAGCCGAGCAGGGUGGCGAGGCGCCCGCCGAAGCACGUCUUCCUCCCGCCGCUGUGGGAGCAAUCGCGAUCCCAAUCGGCAUGUUCUGGUUCGCAUGGACCAACUAUCCAUCCAUCCACUGGAUCGUGUGCAUCAUGGCCUCGGCGCCCUUCGGAUUCGGUAUGGUCAACGUCUUCCUCGCGUGCAUGAACUACCUCAUCGACGCGUACACCAUCUACGCGGCGUCGGUGCUUGCCGCCAACUCGGUUUUGCGUUCCUUGUUCGGCGCCGUUUUCCCACUCUUCACCGUGCAGAUGUUCCACAACCUGGGCAUCCACUGGGCCAGUUCGAUCCCCGCGUUCCUGGCGCUCGCCUGUGCGCCCUUUCCAUUCGUGUUCUACAAGUACGGCGAGAGCAUCAGGAUGAAGUGCAAGUAUGCCGCCCAGGCACACGAAGUGAUGCAGCAGAUCAGGUCGCAGAACAGGGAGGUCGAGGUGGAAGACGACGGCGAACAGGAGGUCGAGGCAGAAGCCGAGGUCGAGAAGAUGGAGGAGAAGAAGGCUGAAAGCCAGACCUAG